UCUGCAUAGUGGAACUGCAGUCCAAUCCCUCCCCUUCCCUUCCUUUGUUAAAAUCCAACACCAACACACCUCUCCUUCUCUUUCUCUCGCUCUCUCUGCCAAACCCAAGAAGCCAUGGAGAUCCCGGAAAAGCUUCUCGAGUACAAGUUCCACAUCAUCUUCGCUCUCACUCUCUCUCUCACCACCGUCUUCAUCGUCCCCGUAGCACCCAGUUUCGUCACCAUCUUGGCUUACUUCUGGCCCCUCUUUCUCUCAACCGCACUCUUCCUCUUCGCGGUGAUCUUCUUCGGCCGGACUUCCGUGAAGGGCACCGACGUCCACGGCGACGACAAGGCCGUAGAGGGACUCCUCGAUUACGUUGCUGGGCAACUUGAACAUCCGGUAGAGAGCUUCAAGUCCGAGUAGCAGCACGAAACAACAAAACCCAUGUGUAAUUUCGAAACUCCUCCCAACCCCCUUCCCUUUUUUUGUUUUUGUUUUCGUUUUUGUCUCUGGUGAACUGUAAAUUCUUUCCGGGGAAGAAUAAUUUUGUUCAUGA